AUAUACAUCCGUAUGAAUAGGAUUUCUUUACAAACACUGCGGUGUACUGACUUAAAACACACACGAUGGGAUCCCGUCAAGCAGAGCAAUUUUCCGAAGUUGACAAGCUCCGCACUGAACUGCUGAACAAUGUCGAUGUAAUGACAGAGUUCCAGCGUGUUGAAGAAGAAAUCAGCGACAGGGAAAUCCUGACCCGCAUUGAAAACGUCAUCCUUGAAGUAGUGACGAGUCUUUCCAGAGAUGAGGCCCCUGUCCUGGCACUGCCCAGCAGAUCCGGCUGGGCAAACAUCAGCUUCGACAGGGCCGUCGGGCUUCAAGUGACUUCAGGAAGCGCCGUCACCGCCGUUAGGAGCGACUGUCCUUCGUCUGCCACUAAAUUUGCGCAAAUUCUCAAGCUUUUCCUGGUCAUCUAUAAACUGGUGCAGAGCAACUCGUUUGCCACCAAAAGAGACAUCUAUUACAACAACACACAGCUGUUUGGCUCUCAGAAGGCCGUUGAUGGUUUAGUGGAUGAUAUUUCCUGCAUGUUAAAGGUCUCUCGCCGAUCACUACAUGUGUUGGCCACGUCGAAGGGAUUCAUCUCAGGUGACCUGUGUUACAUGGAGGAGGACGGCACGAGGAUCGACUGCCGCUCCGCCUCCGCUGCGGUUUCAGUUUCCUCAAACAUUUGUGGGAUUAAAAAUAUUGUGUCGUCUGCUAAAUUCGUCCUGAUUGUUGAGAAGGACGCAACGUUCCAGAGACUACUGGACGACGACUUCUGCACCAAGAUGUCGCCCUGUAUCAUAAUCACAGGUAAAGGCGUGCCGGAUCUGAACAGCCGGUUGAUGGUGAGGAAGCUCUGGGACGCGCUGCACGUCCCCGUCUUCGCUCUGGUGGACGCCGACCCUCACGGGAUCGAGAUCAUGUGCAUCUACAAGUACGGAUCCGUGGCGAUGGCGUUUGAGGCCCACAGCCUGACCGUCCCCAGCGUUAUGUGGCUAGGCCUCCUCCCCUCUGACCUCCAGAGGCUGCGGGUCCCCAAGGACGCCCUGAUCCCCCUCACCAGGAGAGAUGAGAGCAAACUCUGCAGCCUCCUUGGGAGGCCGUACGUAACCAGCAACCACGAGUGGCAGAAAGAGAUGGAGCUGAUGCAGCAGAGUAAGGUCAAGGCCGAAAUCCAGUCCCUGGCAAGCAUCGCUCCGAAAUUCCUCACCAACAUCUACUUGCCCAACAAGCUGCGGUACGGGGGCUGGGUUUGAGCCCCCAUGCCGCCACUCAGUGGAAGAAGGAGAGAACUGCUCAAAAGAAGCUUCAAAACCAAAAACAGAUCUUCCAUUUAACCGUCCCGCCUGUCUCAAUAUGUUUGUAAUGUAAUGUUGAACGGCCGUUCGUUUUCUUACUGUGGCACGUCUGAUCAUUAAAACCGUGUGAUCCCGUCAACAAGUCAGAACAC